AAAAAGGAGAGCCCACAAACUUGGGUUUCUCUCUCACACACUUUGUAUAUAUAUGGACAAAGGUACAAGUACAAAUAUACUCCUAUGUAAAAUAUACAUGACAAAAUAACCCCUAACAAUUUAACAGUUACACUAUAUUGCUCAGAGAGCAAGACAUCCCCACUUUUUAGGAUCGAAAUGCAUCUAGAUGAAGCUAAUCGGAAGGUUAUACCUUUCUUGAAUCCUACUUCCAACUGCUAAAGAUCCAUCCAUUAGAUUUCUGUAUUUGAGUGUGGGCUUUUUGUUUCUAAAUUGAGUGGAGAACUUUAAUGCAAUAGCGCCUCAAGUAUUCAGUCAAAAUACUGAUGAAGCUGUUUCUGCCUCUACUUCAACAGUUUGCCAAGCUUAUUAUGCAUACUAUGCCUGAAGGAUACAUGCACACUAGACGAGAAGAUGCUUAAAAAUCCUAGGCAGAUCUAUGCACCUAGUCGUCUGUAUCACAUUAUUGUGCGGAAGCCCUUCAGGUUACGAAAAAUUCGCCCAAUGGUGAGGACAUCGGUACUGGUUGAUGGGAGAUUUGAGCACCUAGUCCUGUCUUGCAACUUGACUUCUGACCAUGCCAUUAUUCGGAUAGAGAGAGAAUCCCAAAGGGCUCUUGAUUUAAUGAUGGAGACAGAACAGAUUAUGGAGAUUCCGGCGCAGCAGAGGAUGCAGCGGCAGGUCUCUCUCGCCAGAGAACACAAUGGGAGUACAAGGCAGCCUUACGAAGGGCUGUAGCACUAGAUGUUCCGGAAGCUUACUCACCUUCUGCAUAUGGAACCUUCGAUGAAAUAAAUGAGGAAGGGUAUAGUUCCAGCAGUUUACGGAGAGAAUUACCUUUCGUGUCAUCCAAGAGGAGGAAAGAGAGCUGGGAUGAUUUGGCCGGUCACCUUUUGACAUUUAUGAGUCCCGGUAGAUGGUACUGAAGAAGUAGUAGGCCUUUGAAUGUUUGGCUAAAUGAAGGUUUGUGGGAUACAAGUCAUUUUUUCAUUCAUACCAGCCUCCUUUUUCUCCUUGAAAAUGUUGUCUGUACUAAAUAGUAUGAUUCUUGAUGAGUUCAAAAGGGCUAGUUGCUUCAAUUGUAUCAGCAGAUAUAAUUAUAAAGAAAUGUGGAUUUUCAUGACUCUUUUAGUUGCCUUUGUGACUCUUACAUGAAUGUCAGAGGAAGUUAGAAAUGGAAAGAUAGAAACCAGUUUUGAUGUGGAUGUAGAACACAUGUUAAAAGAGAUGCCACCAGUGCAAUUUUAAUCCUGUUCUCUCGAUACAGCUACUUUGGGUGUAAUUCGUCAUGGGAAAAAGGACAAGGAAAGGGAAAUGCAUCUUA